AACCAGGCACUACCCCUCAGGCAUUAACAAUUGACACAGAGUUUUACCGAUAUUCUGUUGUAGUCUACUGGUAAUUUUAUACCAACUCUGAUGACCCACUAAUAGUGUUUCUUAGUAAAUUAUAGAAUAUGGCCAAAACCUAUGAUUACCUUUUCAAAUUACUACUCAUCGGAGAUUCUGGCGUCGGGAAAACAUGCGUUCUUUUCCGCUUUAGUGAAGAUGCCUUCAAUUCGACUUUCAUCUCGACCAUUGGGAUAGACUUUAAAAUUAGAACUAUUGAAUUGGAUGGGAAGAAAAUAAAACUACAAAUAUGGGACACAGCAGGUCAAGAACGCUUUCGCACAAUCACAACAGCUUAUUAUCGUGGCGCCAUGGGUAUCAUGUUAGUUUAUGAUAUCACCAACGAUAAGAGUUUUGACAACAUCAAAAACUGGAUCCGAAACAUAGAGGAACAUGCAUCAGCCGAUGUGGAAAAAAUGAUAUUGGGAAACAAAUGUGACAUGAAUGACAAGAGACAGGUUUCCAAAGAUCGUGGAGAACAACUUGCUAUAGAGUAUGGCAUCAAGUUUAUGGAAACCAGCGCCAAGGCCUCAAUUAACGUCGAAGACGCUUUUUUUACUCUGGCCAGAGAUAUCAAAGCAAAAAUGGAAAAGAAACUGCAGGAGGCGAGUCACCCGUCUGGUAAAGGCGGAGGUCAUCAGAUCAAAGCUGACGAACCCCCGAGAAAACCUCUCACAUCGUGGCUUUCUCGGUGUUCUAUACUCUGAUUCAGCAGUCGUUUAGUUAAUGUGUUCUGUUUUUUCAAUUUUUUUUUUUAACGAAAUUUCUCUUGCCCCCUCUACCCUCACCUUGUAUUUUUUUGGAACCCCCUAUAUAAAUUAAGUAACUUUUUGUUCGGCACCCGAUUGUUCUUUUUUUUUUCUUUUUUUGUAAGUUUUGCUUUGUCUAGUUGAAUGGCUGAUUAAUAACCAAGUAAAAAACAGAAGGAGACAAAAAAGAGAAAAAGUCACCGCAAUAAGAGGGCUCUCAAUGGAGAUGAUAUUCCCUAAAUCCUUAUUGUACAGUGAAAAAGCGUCAACUGUUUUUCAAUCUAUCCCUAUCUCCCCCUUGCAACACUUUUCUGGCGUAUUUUUGAAUGCCCACUAACGAAUGUGUGUCCUCUGACACACGUCACAGUUCUAGAUCACGUUUGGCAAUCCAUGACCUUCGUAUCACUGAUGAACGAUUGAGACGUUCUACGGUGUGAAUACAAAAAAAGAACUUGUU